AUUUACUGCAGCAGAACACUGCACAGACUUCAAACAGAACGCGGCGACCCAUUAACUUCUUGACGAGGCUUUGGUCGCCCCCGGGACUCUCGCGUUAGGCCACAAGCUGUUAACGUUGGAGACGUACACGUUUGCUGGGCACAGUAGCUGCCAAGGCGGCAGAGUCUAGUUCCGCGGGUCAACAACGAAUUCGUCAACAUUUGCUUCACAGCGCUAUCGCCUUUAAUCAUAGAAGCGAUACCACGUAUACACAUAGCUUAAGUUGGCCCAACAGAGCGGGCUUGCUGGCCCCAGCUCCCGACCCAGCUUCCUGAGCUGCAGCAGCUGAAGCUUGCUGUCUGCGGAUACCGACCAAAAUGCGCGUAGCCAGCACAUCGAUUAGUAGCUGGGCUUGCAGUUUGCGGAGCCCAUCCAGGCGUUAGCGGCUGUGAUAGAGAACCCGAAGCGUGUCUUUCGCCGUUUGCACCGGGACUGUGCUCUCGCGGAGGUCUUCAUUCUUGUCGCGGAUCAGCACCAGCAACUGCACCAGCGUCACGCGCCAGCACCAGCGUCACCUCCUGGCCGGGGCCGCCCAGUGACAUGACCCUUGACGGCGCCGGCAGCAGCGGCGCGUGCUGCCAGGCACUCGCCGCCACUGAGGCCACCACACAUGCGCCAAGCGCCACUGCGCGCCGCCAUGCCCAGCUCACCAGCGCGGGCGCUAGUACCAGUGAUGGCGGGGGCACCUUGACCGCUGCCGCCGCAGCUGUUGCAGCUGCAGCGGCGGCAGCAGCGGCCUUGUAUCCCUCCUCUGCCGCCUCCGCCGCCUCCGCCUCGGACGCGGCGCCCUUCGAGGCGCCGGUGCCGGCCGACGCCGCCGCCCUGGGAGUGGGCCUGAGGUCGCUCAGCAGCUGCGGCAGCAGCACCACCAGCAGCCUGGGCGGCCGCAGCAGCCGUGCGAGCGCCUGCGGCAGCAGCGCAGGCGGUCUCGGUGGGACCGGCGGUGCCGGCGCGUGCGGGCCGCAGGGUCCUUACGGCGCCACGACACCAGCCAGCAACGGUGUAGGAGCGGUGCCAGCAGCGGCGCUGCCUUCCACGCCCGCGUCCCCGACGGCUGCGCACCGGGCGGCGGCGGGGCCGCUGCCAGGUCUGACCCCCGUCAAAUCGCCGCCGCCGGCGCUGACGGCUCAGCUGGAGGCGGCCUGCCUGCUGGCGCGGCAGCUCAACCGGCGCGCCGAGCAGCAGCUUGCGCACUGCGGCAGUGGCGGCGGGGGCGGGGGCAGCGGUUCGUGCGGCGGCAAGCGCAUCAGCAGUGGGAGCGGGCAUGGGAGCGGAGGCGGCGCUGGCGGUGCCCGUGUCGGCGGAAGUGCCGUCGCGUGUGCUGCAGCGCUAGCGGCAGCCUCUUCGCCAGCCGCUACGGCUGCCGCUACUGCUCCUCAUGCUGCCUCUGGCUCGGGGAGCCAACAGCACCAGCGCCAGGCUGAGACAGGGCUGCCGCCGCGCCUCCCGCGCAGUGGUGGUGGCGGCGGCGGCAGUGGCAGCGCAAACAGUAGCACCGGGGGCAUGCUGGCGACUGCCGCCAGCGCGCCCGACACCACUCAGCCUCUACCACCGCCACCGCCGCUAUCGCGCCAGCCUUCCUGUCCGGGGCCCGCUCCGUCCCUGCCGCCGCCCCUCACCCGAACCUCUUCCGGCCCUCCGCCCGCUCUGACCCGCUCCGCCUCCGCCUCCUCAUCGACCAGCACCACCAGUGGCGGCGGCGAGGCGCUGGCCGCGGAGCUGGCUCGUGAGCGGGAGCGGGCGGCGGCGCUGGCGGCUCAGGUUGAGGCCCUGACUCAGAAGGCCGCUCGCAGCGAGGCGGAGUGGUCCGACCGAGUGUCAGCGCUGCAGUCACUGGCGGCACACGACUUCCUCAACUACCUGGCCCGUGCCGGCGGCAGCGGCGGUGGUGCGGGAGGUGGUGCGGGUGCGGGAGGUGUUGGAGAGGGGCCGCUGCCGCGCCUGACGGCGGCGGCCGCGGCGGCCGCGGCCUGUGCGUCCCCGUUGUCUCCUAUGUCUCCGGCUGCUGCGGGGCUGCUGGGGGGUGCCGGCGGCUGGUCGUCGCCCAUGUCGCUGUCGUACACACACGGCGGCAGCAGCCAGCAACACCCCGCGCGCCCGGCACUGCUGGCGGGUGGCUCGCCCUACUACCACCCCUUCUGGCAGCAGCCCCACCUCCAGCCCCACCACAUGUCGCCUCUUGCGCCGCACAGCCCGCCCUACCUGACGGCAGUCACGGUGGCGGAUGUGGCAGGUGCUGGCAUGCACCCGCACCAGCACCAGCACCUGCACACCAGCGGGUAUCUGGGUCUGGGUCUGUCGCCGACGGCUGCGGCGGCGGCGCUGCUGCAGCAGUCCCGCAGCGGCGGCGGCGGCGGUGUGGGCAACUGGCCGCACGUGGGGCUGUCGCCGCCGCAGGUGCUACAGCCACCGGUCCCCCAGCCGCCACAGCCACACGCAGCAGUAGCACCAGCACCAGCAGUUUCCCGCCCUCACAGCCCAGCGCUACCUGAGCCGCCUGCACAGUUGGCAGAAGUAGUUGGGAAGGCUGAGGAGGCAGUAGGCGCGGACGGGCCCUCCCAUGACGAACUUCAAGGCGUUGGCGCGGGGCAGGCGAUUGCGCGAUCCGAUUCGGGCACCGGCCUGUCAGCCAGCUUGGAGCCGGGCGCGGCGGCGGGCGGCAUCACGGGCACAGCCGCAGGCGCCGCCGGGACUGCGGGCGCGGCUGGCGGCGCCCUGAGCAGCUGGGCCAACAAGAUCAGUCCGGUGGUGGGGCUGGGACUGCGCUCCAUGCACAGCCCCGCAGCAGCCAUGCGCGCAGCCGCGGCGGCGGUGGCUGCGGCCGGCACUGCCGCCAGCGCGGCUGCCGGAGAGGAGGGCGCGCAGCGGCCCGCACUCAGCGAGGCCUUUGCCGCCGUCGCCAAUGACACCGCUGCAGCCGCCGCCGCGGCCAGGUCCAAGAGCGGCGGCAGCGCAGUGGCCGCCGGCGCAGCUGCUACUGCUCCACCACCGCUGCGUAUGUCGCAGGGUGGCGGCUUGCGCUCUGGCCGCAGCAGCUGCAGCGGCGGCAGCGGCGCAGCAGCAGCUGCUGCCUCCGCACCCGGCCCUGUGGCCACAGCCGCGGCGGCAGAUGAUAUGGGCGGCUUGCUCUCUCGCUCGACUUCCUCAGCGCGACUGCUGCCACCAGAGGAUGCGGCUGAGGCGUCGGCAGUGCUGUCAGCGCGCGCGCCGCUACCUGCGCCACCCCCUGCACCAGCACCAGCAUCAGUACCGGCACCCGCACCAGCCGCUGUGCCCGCACUGCCCGCGGCCUUCGCCUCGCCGUUGUCCUCCGCCGCGCCCUCCCCUGCCGCCGCCGGCCCCCUCUACGGCCGCAGCCCUCCCUCCGCAGCGGCUGCAGUUGCGGCGGCAGCCGCCUUGUGCGGCCUGGGGUCCGGCAUGCCGCCGCUGUCUCUGUCGCCGCAGCACCCGCACCGAGGCGCCGCGUAUCCCGCCAUGCUUACCCCAGCACCCGGCUCUUCCCCCCAGCAGUACCCCCAGCAGCACCCGCACCCGUAUCCGCACCCGCACCCGCUUCACGGCAUGCCGCCGCCACGGAGUGUGUCGCCGCCACAAACCGGCGCGCGCUUCCCGCGCCCCAGCCCCUCCCCCUACGGCUGGGUGCCCACCGCGCCCCUGCACGUCGGCCCCCCCGGCCUGGGCAUGGGCGCGAUGGGCAUGGGUGGCCUGCACGCCGCCAGGCCGCCGGGUGUGUGCACCGGCUCGGGCGCUGGCGGUUGUGGUGGCGAGUUGGAGCGCGAGCGGGCGCUGCUGGCGGCCAUGGAGGGCAGCCACCGGCGGCGGCAGGCGGCGGCGGUGGCGGCGGAGCUGGCGGCGGCGGCGACCGCGCACGAGGCGGAACGCAUGGCCCUGGAGAGCCGCCACCGAUCUGAGGUGGAAGCAUUGCGGGCGGCGCUGGCGGCGGCGGAGCGGCGUGAGCGGCGGCUGGCGGUGGAGCUGGCGGCGGCGCGGGAGGCGGUGGCGGGCGCCGACAGCGUCAUCCGACUGCUGGCGGGGGCGGAGGCGGCAGAGGUGGUGGAGCCGUAGCAGGAGCCGCAAGAGAAAUGUGUCAGGUAGUGAGUGAAUGAGGCAGCAUCCUAGGCUGGCAUGUUGGCCCGAGUCGGGCCACAGGUGCGGAAUGGGCCGCAAGAUCCGGGCAGGCCGUUGGCACGCCAGUGAUGACACACACCUGGGUGGCGCGGCCCGGCGUCAUGAAUGCCCGCCACUCAGAGGAUGGCUACCGUAUAGGCUGGCUAGCGUGUAUGAUCACAGACUUGGAAUCCAUGGUGUGUGUGUGUGUGUUUGUGGCCACGCAUCCGUCGUACAUAAUCGCACACAUACAUUACUCUUGCACGACCGGUAUUGAGUUCAGGAGAAGAUGGCAGCGGCGCUCUGAGAAGUCGUACGGUGAGAGUGGUUGCGAAAGGCACAGUUGAGCGCGUUGUGACGCAGGGGCUGUCAGAUGGGAGCACGAGACAGGGCGUCUUGAGAUACGGACGCGGUGUGGAGCAAUGUCUGCGCUGGGUUUUGGUGCAUUGGCGGUGUGACACGAAAUGAGAAAGAAGUCCAGACGGCCUAUUUGUAUUGUAAGGGACGACGUCGCCCCGAGCGAGGCGCGCAGUGCCGUCACUGAGGCCCCCCGGGGUCAUGGGCCUGCAGCGCCCUAUCUGUUGGGUGGGGUGCGUCCCGGCGACUGCGGUACGCACCGGUGUGUAAAGGCGAUGGGGG